UCCACAACCAUAUGCACUUGUAUGCCAUGCACCUCACAUAUUGAAGCCAUUAAUUACUUGCAUGUAGCCAUGGCCUCUUCUUCUCUUACCACUCCCACAGCAUUAAUCUUCUUUAGGCCAUCUCGUCUCUUCUUCCUUCUCCUGGUACUCUUAAUCUCCUUCUCACGGUCUCCGUUUCCCUCCUUGGCGGAGGCUCGUUACGGUUCUUAUGGCUACCCGGGCGUCUCAUCGAUAGUGUCCGAGGAGCUCUUCAAUUCGCUCUUUCUCCACAAAGAUGACAGCGCGUGUCCCGCAAGGGGAUUCUACAACUACUCCUCCUUCAUUCAGGCUACUCAUUGCUUCCCAAAGUUUGGCAACACCGGCGACUUGGAUACUCGCAAGCGUGAGAUCGCUGCAUUCUUUGGGCAGAUCUCUCACGAGACCACCGGAGGGUGGGCGACUGCGCCGGAUGGACCAUACGCGUGGGGUCUCUGCUACAAGGAGGAGGUGAAUCCGCAGAGCAACUACUGCGACUCCACCGACAAAAAGUGGCCCUGCUACCCGGGCAAGUCCUACUUCGGUCGAGGGCCCAUCCAACUCUCCUGGAACUUCAACUACGGGCCGGCGGGUCGGGCCUUAGGCUUUGAUGGGCUGAAGAACCCGGAGGUGGUGGCGAACAACUCGGUCAUCGCGUUCAAGACCGCGAUCUGGUUCUGGAUGACCCCGCGGAAGCCCAAGCCGUCGUGCCACGACGUCAUGGUGGGGCGGUUCAGGCCCACCCCUGCGGACAUCCAGGCGAACCGCACCGCCGGGUUCGGGCUGGUCACCAACAUCGUCAACGGCGGGCUCGAGUGCGGGAUCCCCAAUGAUAGCCGGGUCAAUGACCGGAUCGGGUACUACAAGCGAUACGCCCAGAUACUCGGCGUGGACGUAGGCCCCAACCUAGAUUGUGCUUACCAGAAGCAUUACUAAAUAAAUAAAUCAGUUGUGUGCCUUUACAUUUCUAUAUAAUACAAGCGAAUGAAAAAGAAUCGCCUCCCUCCA